AUGAAGCCAUGGUUUGUGUGGUGUAACAUCCCUGACACCGUGUUCACCCCUGUUACUGUAUCUGUGGGGUCUAGCAUGGUGGCCCUGUGUCCUGUGUAGGGAAUGGGGGAUGGGCAGAGCUGAGGCUACCUAGCCGCUAACACCUUAAUUUCACUGUAAUUGCUUCUAACCACUACUAACCUGCUGCCAAAUUGAGUUGAGACGCCUAUGGUUGGUCCCAAUGCAGUCGUGUAAAAUGGCUCAGCUGGUCGACAGGACCAUAUCCAUGUCGCCUACGUGCUUGCGAUCAGGUUCAGUUUAUGAACCCCUUAAAAGCAGUGACCUUCCCCGAUCGGACAAUGAAAGCUUGUGGGACAAACUAGACCGGUACUACAGAAUUGUGAAAAUCACAGUUUUGAAUUUUCAGAGUCCAACAACUGGCCUAUUCCCCACCGAGACUGUUGGCGACUGUAAGAAGGCCAAAAUCCAUGAUAGUCUGUACUGUGCUGCAAGCGCUUGGGCCUUGGCUCUUGCCUACAGGCGCAUUGAUGAUGAUAAAGGACGGACACAUGAGCUGGAGCAUUCAGCAAUCAAAUGCAUGAGAGGAAUCCUGUACUGUUACAUGCGGCAGGCCAAUAAGGUUGAGCAGUUUAAGCAGGACCCCAGCCCACAGAAAUGUCUUCAUUCUAUCUUUCACUUGGACACAGGAGACGAGAUCCUGUCCUACGAGAAGUAUGGGCACCUCCAGAUAAAUGCGGUGUCUCUAUUCCUCUUGUACUUGGUGGAGAUGAUUUCGUCCGGACUGCAGAUAAUUUACAAUACAGACGAGGUUUCCUUCAUCCAGAACCUUGUAUUCUGUGUGGAGCGAGCGUACCGUGUGCCAGACUUUGGGAUCUGGGAGAGAGGCAGCAAAUAUAACAACGGCAGCACAGAAUUACAUUCAAGCUCAGUUGGAUUGGCUAAAGCUGCUCUUGAAGCCAUUGAUGGAUUCAACCUCUUUGGAAACCAGGGCUGCUCCUGGUCCGUCAUCUUUGUCGAUCUGGAUGCACAUAACCGAAACAGACAGACACUGUGCUCCCUGCUGCCCAGAGAGUCGCGCUCCCAUAACACAGACGCUGCCCUCCUUACCUGCAUCAGUUACCCAGCAUUUGCUGUGGAUGAUGAUGUCUUGUUUAGUCAGGCAAUGGAUAAAAUUGUGCGCAAACUGAAAGGAAAGUAUGGAUUUAAGCGUUUUCUUAGGGACGGUUAUCGGACAUCUCUUGAAGAUGAAAAUCGGCGUUACUACAAGCCUGCUGAGAUCAAGCUGUUUGACGGCAUCGAGUGUGAAUUUCCAGUGUUUUUGGUCUAUAUGAUCAUCGAUGGAGUCUUCAGAGGAGACACAGAACAAGUAAAAGAAUUUGAAGCUUUUCUUGAUCCACUGCUUUUCUUUGCAUUUGAUGGGUGUCCCAUCAUUCCUGAGUAUUACCAUGUACCAGCUGACUUUGUUGAAGCUGAGAAGCUGAACCCCAACAGUCAGAAGAGGUUUCCCAGUAACUGUGGACGGGACGGCAAGCUCUUCCUAUGGGGACAAGCAUUGUACAUCAUCUCCAAACUCCUGGUUGAAGAAUUAAUAAGCCCUAGGGACAUUGAUCCAUUGCACCGUUAUGUUCACCGACGCGAUCAGAGAAACAUCAGCAUGAGAUACUCCAACCAGGGGCCAAUGGACAAUGACACAAUGAUACAUGUAGCCCUAAUAGCAGAGAGCCAGCGGUUACAGGUGUUUUUGAACACUUAUGGCAUUCAGACACAGACUCCACAACAGGUGGAGCCUAUCCAGAUAUGGCCACAGCAGGAGUUGGUAAAGGCAUAUCUUCAUCUGGGGGUCCAUGAGAAACUGGGGUUGUCAGGAAGGCCGGACAGACCCAUCGGUUGCCUUGGAACAUCAAAGAUUUAUCGCAUCCUUGGGAAAACGGUUGUCUGUUAUCCUAUCGUGUUUGACCUGAGUGACUUCUACAUGUCCCAGGACGUCAUGCUGCUUAUUGAUGACAUUCAGAAUGCCCUGCAGUUCAUCCGGCAGUACUGGAAGAUGAAGGGGCGUCCUUUGUUCCUGGUGCUAAUUCGUGAGGAUAACAUUCGCGGAAGCCGAUUUAACCCUAUCCUGGAUAUGCUCGCCUCCUUUAAAAAUGGAAAUGUGGCAGGGGUCAAAGUUCAUGUGGACAGAUUACAGACUCUUAUAUCUGGAGCAAUGGUCGAGCAACUGGACUUCCUGAGGAUCAAUGAGUCAGAAGUGAUCCCAGAGUUCCACAGCUUCGAGGAGCUUGAAGUCCCAAAACACUCAAAAGUCAACAGACAAUCCAGCAUCCCAGUUGCAGACCGAGAAAAGCAGCCUGAAAUCAACAUGGCAGAAUGGAAACACCGCCCAACCUAUGAAAUCCUGCAGAAGCUGAAUGACUGUACCUGCCUUGCCUCUCAGGCUAUUCUGCUCAGUAUUUUAUUGAAGAGAGAAGGGCCACAUUUUAUCACAAAGGAAGGUACAGUGUCUGACUUCAUGGAGAGAAUCUAUAGGAAAGCAGGUAGCAAUAAGCUCUGGUCUGUUGUGCGUCUUGCUGCCAGUCUUUUAGGUAAAAUAGUGGACAGCCUUGCACCAUCAAUAACUAAUGCUUUAGUUCAGGGCAAGCAGGUCACUCUUGGUGUUUUUGGUCAUGAGGAAGAAGUUAUCUCCAACCCGCUGUCACCUGGGGUGAUAAAGGAUAUAAUCUACAGCAAGUGCAGUCCAUAUGAUGAUCGGGAGGCCGUCCUGCAGCAAGAACUUGUCAUCCACAUUGGAUGGAUCAUCUCCAACACUCCACAGCUGUUCAGCGGCAUGUUAAAGAUUAGAGUUGGAUGGAUAAUUCAUGCCAUGAGAUAUGAACUUAAGAUCCGCAGCGGGGAGCAGCCAGAGCAGGACAUCUACCAGCUAUCACCCAGUGAGAUCAAACAGCUUCUCCUCUGUAUUCUGCAGCCUCAGCAGUCCGGGAGGUGUUGGCUGAAUCGCAGGCAGAUAGACGGCUCUCUGAACAGAAAUCCAUCCGGAUUCUACGACAGGGUAUGGCAGAUUCUGGAGAGAACACCCAGUGGCAUCAUAGUGGCUGGAAAGUUCCUCCCUCAGCAACCUACCCUGUCUGACAUGACUAUGUACGAGAUGAACUUCUCCCUUCUGGUGGAGGACAUGCUGCAGAACAUCUCACAGCCUGAAUACCGGCAGAUCAUUGUUGAGCUGCUGAUGGUCGUGUCUGUAAUCCUGGAGAGAAACCCUGAGUUUGAAUUUCAAGAGAAAGUCGAUUUGGACAAACUGGUGAAAGAGGCAUUUAAUGAUUUUCAGCGAGACCAGAGCCGACUUCAAGGAGCAGAAAAACAGGGUGACAUGUCCACUUUCUACAACACUCCCCCACUGGGCAGGAAAGGGACCUGUAGCUACCUGACAAAAGCUGUCAUGAACAUGCUGCUGGAAGCUGAAGUCAGGCCAAACACCGAUGACCCGUGCAGCAUCAGCUAAAGACGUUCACCGGCAACAAGCGACAAGCAUGGCCUCUGCAUUUAUCACUUGACUCGUCGCACUCUGUGCUUAGUGACUCGUGCCAGCAUAGCAGAGUUCUUACAUAACGCUUGGCUUCUGUUUUGCCACUGUUUUGCAUUGAAUCAAGUAAAGAACUGGAAACUGUCCUGGGCCAGCUAUAAUAGUAUACAGUAUGUUACCCAGGACAAUACCACAUAAACAUCAGAAAUCUGGUUUUCCACAAUCUUAACUUAUUAUUGUUUAAAUGUUUUAAAGUUCUACAACUCUAAUUCAGUUUACCAUGUUAAAGUAAUCUGCUUAUCAUGUUAAAGUAAUCUGCUUAUCUGAGAUUCUCAUUUAUACCCAAUAACUGGAAACCAAUAUUUUUGUCACAGCCUAGGAUUUGUUACAAUAACAUCCAGUCUCGACUAACUCCUGUGAGUUAAACAGCCUGUCACAAAGCAUCAAUGCAGGUAAGGGUGGGUUCACAUUGCGGUCGGGCUCCGCUAAAGGAAACUCCUCAACAAUUGUGUCAAAAUGACAGGAGUUUAGCUGAGAAAAAAAUGGUGCCGUAUCCCUGAUGAACCCCAUUCAAGUAAAUAGGAUCUGUCAGUACCCAGUGGAGCCAGUUGUGCUCCGACCCAUUUGGGUGCCAUUCAGCACAAAAAAAGGAGCCAAAUGGACCCAGAAUGGGACAGAGCACAACUGCAAUGUGAACCUAGCAUUUAAUGUAACAGUCUGUGGUCCAAACUAUCAGGGCAGGAAAGAGAUUUAUGUUGCGGAUGUAUUUAUGUCACAGAAUAUGGUCUAAAAUAGAAAAAAUUAGGCUAUGUUCAAACCAUAGUUAGUUAUAUUUUUCAUUAUUUUUCUCAGUUAUAGAAGAAAAACAAAUUAAAAAAAAUAAUGCCAGUGCUGAAUCGCAUAGAAGCUGGACACCAGCAGACCCCAUUAACUUUUAUGAGUCAGGUGGUUUUUCAUCAUGGCAUUUCAAUGUUAACUCUCAUUAAAACAAAUUUUUGCUAUUGCACUCCUUAUGAUAAAAAAUAUUUCUAAUAUACUUU